AUGCCGCCCCCAAUCAACCCCGCGGCCGAAGAAAUCGCCGCCGCCCAAGCAGCUCACCAAGCCCUCAUCGAGAAGCUCGACAUCAACCACGUCCCCCGAUCCUUCCGCAACCCCUCCUGGAAACCUAACCAGCGCCGCAACAAGAACAUGAAGACCAUCCUCGGCGACUCCUCUCGCAAAGAAGCCUCCUCCCUCAUGCCCACCCAAGACAACAGCGGCGCCGCGACCCCCGGCGGCGACGAGUCCGGCGGCACAUCCACCGCGGGAGACUCGACGCCCGCCUCGAGCGCGCCCGACAGACGGCAGCCCCCGAACCUGGCGCAGGCGAGCAGGAACCUGAGUAAGCUGGUGCUGGAGCGGAAUAUGAACGCGAAGGCUACGACGGUUGGGGGAGGAGGGGCUGGGCCGGGAGCAACGUAUAUGAAUAUUGAGUCGGCGCCGACGCUGGCGCACCCGAAGCACUACUGCGAUAUUACGGGGUUGGUGGCGCCGUAUACGGAUCCGAAGACUAGGCUGAGGUAUCAUAAUAAGGAGGUGUUUGCUGUGCUGAGGACGCUGGGGCAGGGAGUUGCAGAGCAGUACCUUGAGGCUAGGGGGGCGCACACGAUUCUCAAGUGA